AGUUUUUAGGACAAAUAUGUAAUACUAGUGUAACAUAACAUAAAUAUGUAAUUAUACGUAAUACGACAAAAGAUUAGCAAUUCUAAUGGCUGAUACCUAUCAGUAGUUAGAAUUAUUAUUAGAAUGGCCAUAGAGAAUUGAGAAUGGUCUCUUUGCAGCAUUAUUUAAUUUUCUACGAUCUACAAUCUGGCAACAGCGAUGUAAAAUGGUAUCGUUAUAAACUUAGUGUUGUUUCUUAUGCUAAGUACUAAUAUUUUUGGUAUUUGGUAAAUACCAAAUUUCUCUAUUAUAAAUUUUUAGGGGAAUAGUUGUUCAAGAUCUAAAGAUGGACGUGAAAUAUAAUAAGAAACAGUUGAUUGCUGUAGAUUAUCCUGGUACUGUACUUAAUGUUGAGAGUAUGGAGAAAACAUUUGGUGGAAAAAAGGAAAUGGUUUCCGUUUUCAGAAGUCCUCCAAAACGUUUGGAUUUAAAAUUUCGUCCGAAUGACCCUUUUUGCAAAAGUGCGCAUGGUGAUCUGUUUAAUACAACUAAUAUUUUAAUGAAAGUUGUAAAACGAACAAGAAAGAAACCAAAAAAUGGAAUUUCAAAUCCUGAUGUGCAGUUUAAUGUUGAGUUUUUUGGAGUUGCCAGCAGCACAUAUCAGUUCAAAUCGCUAGCUGAUUUCCAGGUUCUCCCUGUAACUUUCGACAAGAAUAAACAGGCUUUUAAAUCGCUAAUUCCAGAUAUAGUACCAACCGAAUUACAUCCUUCCUCAUGGCUUGAACAGGAGGUUGAUUUUUUUAUUCCACCUCUUUUGUAUUCACGAUUUGAUUUCCCGCAGAAUGGAUAUAUUGAUAUUCAAGCUAAGACGUCAAGGCAUCCUGAAGCAAAAGUUGAGUUGCCUCCAAACAUAAUUGGGAGAAGUAGGAAGAGAAGAGCUGGUUAUGCAGUUUUUACAACAUUUGAAAGCGCAGACCCUUGUGAUGAACCUCAGCCUGAAGCUUUGGAACAGUUACAGAUAUAUCCGUUAGAAUUGGAAGUACAAAAAAAACUUCAGGCAUUAUUUAAUAGUGAAAGGCCAAUUUGGACACGUAAUGCUCUUCUCAGUCUCCUGAAAUGUGAUCGUGGAAGACUGAAGCAUGCACUUCCUUGCACAGCAUAUUAUUUUACAAAUGGUCCAUGGAGAGCACUUUGGGUAAAAUUUGGUUACAAUCCACGAAAGGAUCCAGCUUCAAAAAGAUACCAAAUAAUGGACUUACGAAUAUCUCCUAAUGUACCAAUAGAUGACAGUAAAACUAAGCGAAAGCCUACGUAUUAUUCUUUACCAAAUAAGAGCAGUCAGAAUCAACAGCGAGUUGCAACCAUCAAUACAAGUUAUUUGAUUCCUGCUAGUAAAGAUGAUGAAAUGAUGGAUGAUAACAAGUCCAAAUCAUAUAUGUAUGAAUAUUUUCCUGGCAAAUUGCCUACUUUAAGGCAGUGCUUUUUUCAGUUAUGUGACAUUCAUUUAGAAUCAGUGCAGAAACUUGUUCAUCAGAAUGAUGGGCGAGAAGAAACUUGCCAUGAAAAGGAUGGCUGGUGUGAUCCUGGGGUAUUAGAAAAAUGUCGAGAAUUAAUUAUCGCAGAUAUACUAAAAACUGCAAAAAAUUUAAAAGAAACUGGAAGUUAAUUUAAAUAUGUGAUUGUAAUGAAUAGUUGUAUGUAAUUUUUUUUUAAUUUACAUAAUUAAUAGUUUGUAUAUAAGCAAAAAUUUCGAAAAUAUAUGUAUUUUGGAUCGAAGAAUGUAAUUCGUUAUUAAAUUUUCUACUUCAUGACACUGAAAUCACUUUACAGUAUAUCUACAUAUAUUGUAAAUAUCAGACUAGCUUUCAAAUGUAAGAAUAAAUGCAACACGAUUUAUUGAAAUCAUGUUGUAAACUAAACAGUAUUAUACAGAACACUAAUAAUCUUACAGAACUGCUUUAACAUAUCAUAAAAUUAAUUCAAAACAGAUGUGUUCUAAUCUUUUGUGUAUGUGGUCAAAAGUUCAUUUGGUGGUUAAACAAAUAGCAUAUGUUGUUUAUUUUGCCAAAUUUAAGAAUGUUUAACCUUAUGUCUGUGCCUGAAGGUUGACAGUAAAUUUUAUUAUUCUUUAGUUUUAUUUGUAGUAGUUAUUUGUGAUAAAAGGAAAUAAACAUUCCAGAUUUCUUGGCUAAAAA